GUGAGAUUUGUUAUGCGAAUCCACUUGGUAUUGCCUGCCGAGUAAGCGGCUGGUGCAAGUUACGCUGCAGAAGUGAGCCUGUACAUGGCUGUUUCCCUACAGGAAUCGCCUGUGUAGACCGGUUUGCGGAGUCCAGCAAUGUUACUGAAAAUCCGCGCUUGCGUUUUAAGAACAAGAUGCGUAAUCUGGUAGAAGAGACUGGUUUGUGGAGUCCAGCGCGAAAUGUUACUGAAAAUCCACACUUGCGUUUUAAGAACGAGAUGCGUGAUUUGGUAGAAGAAGAGUAUGAAAUAAACGAACAUUUCACCACCAGUACAGUGUCUAACGAUCGCGACAAAGAUAUGAUUCUGAAUGAUCGAGUGUUCUAUGUCCACUUUCUCCUUACAUGUAAAUGGUGUAAUGUCAGAAAAGUCCGUUACAACGACGUUGAACGAACUUUGGCCGUUAGUAGGAUGUACGAUGUCCAAGGAGUAAUAGUUACGAAUAUUAGAUUUACUGAGAAAGCUAUCAUGGUGGCGAAAGAACAUGGAGUGAUUCUUGCUAUGCCAAACACGCUUUUAAAUAAGCUUCGGUUUCGAAUUAGAAAUGUGAUUGACAACAUUGACACAGAGAUUCUUCUCGAAGUUACAGAAGAUGAAGAUGAGGAUUAA